AUGUCGAGCAAUGCCACUACAAGUUUAAACUCGUCGAAUCAUUCUUCCUCAUCGGCGACUCUUAUAUGUGAUUAUUGUUGUUCGUGUCCUCCAUCGAUAUGUGCAUUAUAUGUUCCAGAAUUUAAAACUCAUGCGCAAAGACAUCCAAAUGCUAUUAACAAAUUCUGUGAUAUGCCAUUAUAUGAUGGUGAAAAACAAUGGCUAUAUUCAGAUGAGAUUUAUCUACUUGAAACAAUCGAGUCAUGCGGGCUUGGAAAUUGGGUCGAUGUUGGCCAGCGUCUAAAGCGAUCUGCUGACGAAUGCCGUCAGCAUUUUGAAAAACUCUAUUUGAAAAAUGGUAUAUGGAAUUUUCCAUUUUCCGAAUGUCAAAAGCCCCAGUUAAAAAAUGAUAUAUCAUCGGAUAAAGAUCUAUCAGAAACUCAAUUCAUAAAUUCAUCCAUUAUUUAUCCACCAAUGUUAUUAUCAACAGACAAACAACGAUUACUUACUUAUAUGCCAGCUAGAGAUGAAUAUGAAAGGGAAUAUUUUAACGAAGCUGAAAAUCGUAUACCUGGAAUGACAAUCGACAGCGAUGAAGAAGAAGACGAAUUAUUAAAAGAAGCAAAAUUAGCGUUAAUUCGUGGUUAUGGAGAAGUGCUACGUCGACGAUUCGAAUUAAAAGAUUAUGUGCGAGAUUACGCAUGCGGACUUACCUAUGAACAACCAACACUAUCCACAUCACCGUCUUUAAAAGAUCAGGAUGGACCGUCAGAAAGCCAUGCAAAUGGAACCGCCAUGGAUCACGAUGAACGAUCUGAAGAUGAACCACGAAUGAAAAAAUCUGAAUUACAUCAAAUAUCCCGGUUUUUAUCUGCCGAUGAAUACGAACGUCUAGUUUACAAUCAUCACCGAAUUUUGAAUAUUUUAUAUGAUUUGGGUUGUCCAAAAAUCGAUAUAAAACCAUCAAUUAUAAAUAAAACCAAUGCACAAUAUUCAAAUCAUACUGAUACACAGCAGCAAUGGUCAGAGUCUUCUCCAUUAUUCACAACAAAAACAUAUCACAGUGAACGACGAAAUACAAAGAAUGGAAGAAUAGGAAAAUUGAAAAUUCAAGUAAAACGACCUGAGUCUCCCGAAUUUCCGACAUCGUCAUUCGACACAAAACCAUCUCUUCGUUAUGAAUCACGACGACAAUAUUCUAAUCAUCAUCCUGCUACCCGUUCGUCAACAACUUCAUCAGCAUCUUCUCCACCACCUCUUCCAUUAAAUUCGACGCCUCUCUACGAUCAACAUUCCCGUAAACGUCGUUUCUCUUAUCUCAAACGAUCCACAGACGAUGACGAGCAAGAACAAAUGCAUGAUGACACAAAACCAACUCCGACAUCAUUACGUCUGAUUUUAAGAACACUAGGAACAGGUAAAAUGCCAUACUAUGCCCGAUUACGGGCCAAUAAAGAUGUUUUUAUUCUUUAUUUUUCGCCAUAUAUUCAUUAUUAUCUUGUUUCAGCUACGAUAACAAAUGAUAAGAAAAAGCCUCAAUCUCAAUUGUUUCCUGCUAACGAAGAACUUGAUGAUAAUGUAUCAACAACUACGACAAGUCAAAAACGUUUACGGAGACGAGCUAAAAUUUUAAAAGAGGAUGAUGAUGAUGAUGAGGAAUCAAAUAGUCAACAAAUUGAAACACGAUCUCGGAGUCAACAUCGAAAAUUAUCACUGCACUCUGAAGAGUCAGAUGAUGAAGAUGAACUGCCAUUAUCGCCAAAAUAUUUAAGAAGACGAACGAUAACAGCUAUGAAACAAGAAAAUAAUAAUGAAACAAAACGGAAACAACGACAAAUUAAACUAGAAGAUGAAGAAGAUGAAGAAAUGACAAAUGAUGGUAGCAGAGAUAUGACAGAAAAUUGUCAUCAAAUAUGCACACGUUCAAAAAUGAAUGGUCAUAGUCAUAGUCAUCCUCAACAUGGUAUUGAAUUGAAUUAUAAUCUAGACUCAACUGACGAAAGUAAUAUAGAUUACAAUUCACGCGAUGAAUCAGAAAGUGAAGAAGAUCAAAAUGAAGAUGAGACUGAAGAUGAACAAGAGCAAGGUAAUGAAAUAGAAAUAGAUGAGAGUACGUCGUCGGUAGCAUCACGAACACGAUCACAUACGCCGCCCAAUGCUAACGAUCAACAAUUACAAUUACAUGAAACCAAAAAACGAAAAAGCUCGACUGAAUAUGCGACACGGAAACGUGAUUUAAUUACAAAUGGACGCUUUCGUCAUUUUGAUGACUCAAGCGAUACCUAUUCUCAAUCGUCAUUCACACCAAAAUCUUCUCUAAACAAUGGUAGUAGUCGAAAAUUAUUCAAAUAG